GAAAAAUGAGGUUCUGGACCUAGUUUGGACAAUUGGUUGCCAGGUCAACACGUAAGCUGAGAAAUAUGAGAUUGUUUUACACGCUCAUUCAUCAUAUUUAUGAGUAGCUUCUUUUACACGUAGAAGAAGGACUGAGUAAUUAAGUAGUAACAAUGAAAGAAUCCAUGAGUAUUGUUGCUGCUCCUGCAACCAUUCUUUUUAUUGUGUUACUUGCCCUUUUAACCAUUAAUAGUAGCUUCUGCAGUGGACGAUCUGACUUGGGAUCCUUCAAGCGUGAGAAACAAGAUAGUUUAAGGUUUAAUCAAGAGCUAAAAGAUCCUUCCAAUCGCCUUGACACUUCCGACUCCGACCUCCCUCGUAGAACUCUUAAAGCAGCUUACGGGCAGCCAAAAACGGUUGGUUUCCUACAACUUGUAACAGGCGUCAAACAACUUCCAUGGAAGAAUCUUCAAUAUCUUGACCUUCGUUCCAACUUGUUUGAAGGACCAAUUCCAGUUCCGCCACCUGACAUGAAAGUCUUUUUAGUAUCAAACAAUAAUCUGACAGGAGAAAUACCUCAUUUAAUCUGCAAUAUUAAUACCCUUGAAGUUCUUGAUCUUUCCAACAAUAGCUCGACGGGUACCAUUCCAGAAUGCUUGGGACACUUCAGCAACAGUUUGCGCGUGUUGGAUCUGCAGGAGAAUAAGUUUUAUGGCAACAUUCCUGGAGCAUUUACAAAGGGCAAUGACUUGAGGACCCUCAACUUCAAUGGCAAUGAAUUGAAAGAGCCAAUCCCAAAAUCUUUGCUUAAUUGUGAAAAGUUGGAAGUCCUAGAUUUGGCAAAUAACAAAAUAAACCAGUCCUUCCCAAAAUGGUUGGGAAGCCUUCCGGCAUUAAAGGUUCUUGUUCUUCGUUCUAAUAAAUUUUAUGGUCUUGUAACGGAUCCUAAAGCCAAUAGUACCUCUUUCUCUAAGUUGAGAAUUUUUGAUAUCUCGAACAACAAUUUUAGUGGUUCAUUACCUGUGAGUUAUUUUUGAGACAGGUAUUAUGAAGAUUCAGUGACGCUUGUAGUGAAAAAGCUUGAGGUUAAACUAGUGAAAAUUCUUACUAUUUUCUGUACCGUUGAUUUCUCGAAUAAUAGCUUUAAUGGUACGAUUCCAGAAGUAAUUAGAAAGCUUCAAGCACUUAAUCACCUCAACCUUUCUCAAAACUGUCUUACAGGUCAGAUUCCUCCAUUGUUGGGCAAUUUGGGAGGAGUCGAAUCCUUAGACCUUUCUUCAAACAAACUUGGCGGGAGAAUUCCAUGGCAGUUAACUAAUUUGACAUUUCUCUCUGCGCUGAACCUGUCACAUAACCAACUUGUGGGACUUAUUCCUCAAGGGAACCAAUUCAACACCUUCUCAAGUGAUUCGUAUGAAGGAAACUUGGGAUUAUGUGGACCUCCAUUAACAGAAUGCAGCGACCCUUCCUAUCCACCUCAUAUUGAGGAUGAUACAGACUCUAAAAAAGAUUUUGGUUGGAAAGUUGUGUUGAUGGGUUAUGGAUGUGGGACGGCGUUUGGGUUGAUUAUUGGAUGUCUUGUGUUUACAACAAGAAAGCCUCAAUGGCUUGUAAACGCAGUUGAAGGGAAUUCCCACAAAACGGUGAGAAGGAUUAAAAACAAACAGAGAAGAAGAAGAAAUUAGUGUUUGAAAGUAGUUUUCUCCUUUUUAUAUCAUCUAUCAGCCAUACAUAAUGUAAUCGACUUUAGCAAUAGCAAACUGUUUUCUCCUUCUGCCUCAGUA